UGGUAACUCGUUUGCGUAUGGUGAACCAUACUUUGCGUUUCCUGCCUGAACGAUUGAAGUACUUGCUUCUGGCGCCGUGGAAGGAUGACUCUCAAGGCAUACAAAACAGGAUCUCAAUUUCCACCUCUGCAACCUGGAAAACUGCGAAUCUACAGCAUGCGCUUUUGUCCGUUUUCUCACCGGGCCCUGCAUGUCCUGGCAGCAAAGAAUAUUGACCAUGAAAUUGUGAAUAUUGAUCUGAAGAACAUGCCAGACUGGUUCCUUAAUCUCCAUCCAUCUCGCAAGGUGCCAGUGCUGCAGCAGGAUGACAAAGUGAUCAAUGAAUCCCUUAUUGUGUCUGAAUACCUGGACGAGGCUUACGGUUCAUCCAGACUCCUCCCUACGGAUCCCUACCUGAAGGCUCGAGACAAGAUGUUCCUUGAAGUUGGUUGUUCUGCUGCCAUAUCAGUGUUGAAGAUAUACUACAACAAGCAGGACAGGCUGGAGAUCUGGAGUAACUGGAUAGAAAAGUUGAAGCUCAUCGAGGAAGAACUAGCUUUAAGGAAAACACCAUAUCUAUCCGGUGCACGUCCAGGCUUCAUUGACUAUAUGACUUGGCCCGUCUUCCCAAGUGCCGCGGCAUUCUCCACGGUAUUUCCGGAGCUCAAAAUGCCAUCCCCUUCUCAAUACCCCCUUCUCGUUGCAUGGAUGAACCUCAUGAAGAAAGACCCUGCUGUGAUGACUGUUGUAAAUGAGGCCCAUCUGCUUGAACACAUGAGAGGUGUGUCAGAUGGCAUUUUUGAUUAUGAUGUGGGUCUGUGAACAUCGCAAUAUGUCUGCGAUUUAUACCUCACAUUAUGCCAAAGCCCUUUGCAAUUAUGCAUUUUCUACAUCCUCCAGACUUUACCAUUUGUUUGUCGGUGACAGCUUUCUUUCUGUUCGCUCAUCUUGACAACGGGAUUGACGCUUGCUUGAUAAUAUGAAAGUAGAGGUUGUUGCUUGGCUUAACAUAUCAGUAUUUCUGCACUGUAACAAGAUCUGCUUGCUUAUGUGGGAUCCUUACAAAGGCAACGACUCGCAGUUUAUUCAAGACCCUUUGUUGUUCAGGGUACCAUUCUUAUUAUUCAUGUUUGCUGUUGUUAUUGUUUUUCAUGGUUAUCUGUAGAUGCUGUUGUGAUGAGACAGUCGUAUACUCUAUGCAACAGAUAUACAGUUAUUUCUCUAUGCUUUUUUAAAACGGAGGCAUUAAUAAUGUUUCUCACUAUUCAAUGCAAUGUGAGUCCUGCACAUAUACAUAAGGUGCUUGGCAACUGCAUACACUCUUGUGCUAAAGAAACAAAUUUUGUAUGAGUUGGAAUAUAAUAAAGGCAUUGCUUAAAAGGC